AUGCAAUUUGAUUAUUAUAUUGAUCAAAGAAUUGCGAAUCAAGUUGAAGAGCUAAAAAGAAGGAAAGAAAAACCAACUAAUUAGGAUCCAAACGCCAAAAAUGAUAAUGACGAAGAAGAGUUUGAUGGAUACGUGCCAUUUACUGACAUAGAACAUCUUUUAGAUUAUAAAUAGGUUAGGGUUGGCUUUGAAGGAAAAUAUCUUUCAGAAUGGAAAGGUGCCUUAUACUAUUUCGUCAUUAAAUACAACAACUACCCCAUUUCACCAGUUAGGAUAUAGUUUCCUAAGGAAUUCAGACAUCAAUACAUCAUACAAAAUACAGGGGUCUAUUGUCAUCCUGAUUGGAGUGAAAAGUAUUCUGAUAUAAUAUUACUAUUAGGUACUGGAAGAAGUCAAUGACCUUAGAGUAAAUUAUUAAUAGAGUUAUUUCGACAUUCCAUGAAAUCCCAACUUAUUCAGAUUACCCUGUUGAUCUAAGCUUUGUACAAUUAAGCUUAAAUAAAGAUGAAUACUAAUAAGUUAUUAAGGAAAAUAAGAAUUGUGCUACCCAAUAUGCAAUCAAGAUUAACGAAGAAAGAAUCUAUUACGAGUAGAAAAGAAGAUAAAAUGAAGAGAUGAGAAUAAAAAAAGAAGAUGAAAAAAGAGAAAAAGAGUAAAGACAGAAAUAACUUGAAGAUUAAAAGAAAAUGAUAGAUUAGUAAACAGAAUAUUAAUAAUAAAUAAAUAAUAAAGCUUACAACUAGGGGCCUUAAUAAUAUGACUAAAAUCAAUAAUUUAAUAAUAGAAUUGCGGCUAAUCAAAUUAUCAAUCAACCAAACAAUUUAAUGGUAAACUAACCCUAACAAAUACUAGAGGUCUAAAGGCUUCCUUAAAAUGUCAAUCAAUAAUAAUAUAUUAUUCCACAGUAAUCUUUUAAUUCUGGCUAACUUUAUCACGAGUAAAAUAUGCAGAACAAUUCUUUUCCUGGCUAUUAGAAAAAUAUGCCGAAUUUAUAGAAUUAAUUCAAUCAAUAGAACGCCUUGAAUUAAUAAUUCUAACAAUAAUAAUAACAAUAAAUGCCCAUUCCAGCUAAUUAAUAGCAACCCUUGUUACAAGGAGGAAAAAUUAAAUUUUUAGGCACACAAUAAUCGAGUAAAUGAAUAAUAUUGUUGCUUCCAAGUUAUAUAACAUUAGACUAACCAGC